AUGUUGACCAAUGGGGUUUUGUUUGGGGGUGAGAUGCUCAUUCGCGGUGAGCAGACAAGCGAUGAAGCCGCUCUAAGCAUGCAGGGGUCGUCCCCCUCAACACAGUGCGGUAUCCAGACAUCCGAUCGAGUCGCUCUAAACAUGUGGGUCUGCAGCUACUCUACCAAUCACGAUCCUCGUAGAGAGGAGAUGUCAACUGCGAACUAUUUAUUAAACGCUAUCACUCGCUCUAAAGCUGUGGGACUUGCACAUAUUGGCGGGGAUGUGAACUGCGGGCUGUCCACCAAUGAGAUGUGUUCUAGAGGCGAGAUGUCAACUGCGGUAUACAUGCAUCCGAUGGAGUUGCUAAAGCCGCGGGUUACAUGUUGCCUAUGUCUGGGAUGUGAACUGCGAGGCCACCAAUCAUGGGCCUUCCAGAGGGGAGAUGUCAAGUGCGGUAUGUAUGUUUCCGAUUAUAGCAAAUUGCCUGGAAGAGAUAGGUUAUGUGUCUCUACCAAUGAUUGUACCUACUGCCAAUCAGAUGGAGUCUACAUCGGGGAUGUGAACUGCGAGGGGAUGUCAACUGCGGCAAGUACACACCCGACAAGUCGUUCUAAGCAUGCAGGGCUAACGCCUAGCCCCAAUCAUAUCUCUCCUACAGGCGAGAUGUCAACCGCGGUAAGCAUAUAUCCGAAAGGCCACUCUAAAAUCAUGAUCCCUGCUCCAGGCACCCAAUCACAUCGCCAUAAUCUCUGUAGUAUAACCCCUGUACCUGUCCACCAAUCAUAUCUCUCCAAUAGACGGGAUGUCAACCGCGGCGAGCAUGUAUCCGGCCAAGCCACUCUAUUCAUUAACCCUGCAUAUCCCUACCAAUCAUAUCCCCUGUACUGGCGGGAUGUCAACUGCGGUAUACAGUGCGGCAAGUGUGUAACCUACAUAAUCACUCUAAACCCACAUCUCCUAUAUCUAUCCACCAAUGAUACCUAUUCCACAGGAGAGAUGUCAACUGCGUGCACCCGAGAGCUGCAGCAAGCAGGCAUCCGAAUAAGUUGCUCUAAAGCUGCAGGCCUGCAUCUAUCUACCAAUCAUACCUCUUCCACAGACGAGAUGUGUCAACUGCGGCGAGAUGUUAACUGCGGCAACCAUACACCCGUCAACAUUUCUCUGGGCAUCAGCCUGUAUCUAUCCACAAAUAACAUCUGUUGGGACGGACUUUCGUUCCGAGGCCAGCGGUAUAUCGCUUUGGUCUACUGGUGGGAUGCCAACCGCGGUAACCAUGUACCCGACAAGCGCAGCAAUCAUCCAUCCGACAGCACUGUUCUGAUGCUCUAA